AAACCUCAAACAAAAGAUGGAAGAGCAUUUCCUAAAGGCCUUCGACAUCUACGGUAUCAUCCGAUGGAGGAGGUCUCAGAUGUGUGUCAAGUUCUGUUGGAUAAACACUUUAGUUGAGGAGUCUGAGACAAGUGAGUCAUUUCAUUACUUAAUGAUCUUACCUCUGAUAAAGCUAUACAACGUUAGUUCUGAAGGCGGCAAUGUCUGAGUGCAAAGAAUUUUUCUUUAAAACAAAAACAAAGCACAUGACCCAAGCCAGAUAGAAAAAAAGUUAAAAUAAAAUAUGAAUAUAACAUUUCAUUUUUUAUCUGUGUCUGACUUGUUUUUAUUCCUCAUUUCACUAAUAUUCUAAACGCUCACUUAUAUAAUUUUCAUUGCUUUUGGGUGUUCUGAAAACAUAGCCAAAUCAUUUGUUACUCCAUUGACUGGGUACAAUUUCCCAAUGUUUCAUUAAUCCCUGUGUGUUAGUAGUGCAUCUCACAGUAUUUUCCACACUACUAUUUAAGAAACUAUCAGUUUUUUGGUCUUGACAUUAUAAAAUUUAAUAUUAACCCUUCUUGUAGUCACAUGUAAUGGAAUACCUAGGAGGGUGCAGAUGGCGGGACACUUCGAAAUUUGUCCAAAUUUAACUCUCUAUGUGUGAAUACAGUGCACUCUUUUUUUGUUUGAAUUUCGACCCAGGUGUCAUUUAGUCCAGGUACACCUCAUUAAAUAUUACUUGACUAGGGGUUAAUUUAGUGCAGUUUUUUUUGCACCGGGUCUAGAUAUUUUUAGAAAAUACUCGAUGGGUCCAAGUAUUACAAAAAAAGAGUUGACUUCUCAUUUUCUAUAAUAUAUGCCGGCCUUUUAAUAAUAUGUCUACAGACAGUCCUACAAUCUACCUGAAGGCCUUUAAAUAAUAGUCCUACAGACAGUGUCAUACACCAUACUGUUAAGUAUUGAUUAAUAUAAUAGUUGUCUCCCCCUAAAGAAAAAAAUUCUACCUUUUUACCUGAGUUUAGGCAUCAAACAUGAAAGCUAGCUGGUGGCUUGACAACACUUUUUUAGUACUCAGUACUAUUAAUAUAAAACAUGGGGAGUGGAGGUGGGGUGGGCAGGUUUAAAAGGGAAGCAGGAUGAACCAGAAGCAAAAUAAAUAAAAGAGGUUCAGUCCUUUUGCACCAAAUUUAAUUUCUUAAUCUUUCUGAAAGAUCCACAGACUCAUGAUAAAAUUAUCAUUACCAACUGUUAGACAGCAAAAAAAUCACUUAAUUUUCUUCCAAAAGAAGCUAUAUGGGGUGUAUUAAUGUGAUCACAAAAUAAUUCAAUAUUUUCUAUUAACCAAUCAGAUGACUAUUACAAUCUGGAAAAGAAUGAAAUCUUCAACUGCAUGUUCCUGUUACAUUCAUGCUAAAAUUGCAUUCAGUUUUCAUGCAGUUUUCAAAUUAUUAACAUGGUGCUGCGAAGUUUUUCAUUUUAUAUAUACAUGUAAAACCUUUUGUUUUUAAUAACUUAAAAUUUUUUAAAAACUGAUUUCAGAAACAUUAAGUAAUCCGACUAAGAAGAAAAUUGUUCGCACAGUAUUUUUUCAUCUCUGUGACCUACUCCCCUCGUUACUAUCCAUGGCUAAUGGUGACUUUGACGAUGAAGAUAACAACGAUAUAUACAGCACUAAUUUUUCAUCAGUCAAACAACUUCAUGCUGUGCUUAAUGGUGCAUUCAGCAGUUAUCUCAGAAUGUAAGUUUUUUUUUUUGUUUAACUAAAUAAAGUUGUUGCCAUAGAUUUUCAAACUAGGGCAAAUUACACGGAAAAAGACAAAUGGACACAGAAAAUAUAAACAUCAUGGUCUUGAAGCUUCUCAGAGAAAAGUUAAUUAAUUUUUCAGUAUGGAUGAGACAUACAGGAAAAAUGAAAAGUAUUGAAUAUGUUUUUUCCUAUUCAACUGUAAUUUUCCCUUAAAAAUUUUCUAUUUUUUUUACAUAAUCUAUAAUAAUAAAGCCAAAAGAUAGGAGAUUUCCUUGUGAAAAAUUUUUCUCCAGAAGUAUAUAAUUAUGUCAUUGUAUUCCAUCGUUCAGGGAUAUUUGUAACAGUGGCAUCAAACAGUUGUAUGAACGUAGCCUCCGGCUGAGCAACCUAACAAAAUUGGAAGAUCUGCAGCCACCACUUGCCAGCAUUCUUACAGAUUUAAAGUCAGUUUUAUCCACUGAGUCUGUCCACUGAUGAGAGUCAAGAUAGAACAAUCUGAGUGGGGUUAAGACUUUCUUACCAUGCCUUCCAAAGACCUUUGGAAAAUGUUGCUGCCUUAACUGUGAAAAAGAAAAGAACUCAUUUGUAAUAGAGUGAAUGAACCCUUCCUUUUUAUCUCUGAAUGUUCUAGAAAUAGUAUUAUGUGUUUCCAAAGCACUUGCACAUAUAUUCUUAACAAUGAUAUUUGAAAGGAACUUGACAUUCAUGAAAUGUGGUGUCAAGGUCCAUAGGUUCCAGUAUUAAACAGAAACUCGUCCCUCUCCCCCAUAGACAGCGACAAGGCAUGACAGGCAAUUCAGGCUCCUACCAGAAAGAAGCCAGUAUAGGAGCUGCUCAUUCCUGCCCAAGACAAUCAGGGACUGGAACAAUCUUUCAAAAGGAACGGUUGAGGCGACAACACUAGACACAUUUGUGUCUAUUGCCUCAAGCCUUCAAACCCCUAGUGCAUGAUUUCCUCAUCAACACCAGU